GCGCAGCUGUGCCGCACACGAGCGUCAGGCCGUCCUAUCACAACUACCAUUGCCAUGGUGGGUUGGUUCUCUCCUGGGCUGGGAGCUCGUCUCCGCACCAGCGAGGACCUUUGAGUACUCAAAGUUGAGUGGUCUCCUGUAUGUACAAUCUCGCACGACCCUCACCUUGGAAGUCGGCUCAUUUGAAGGCACAAUGGGUGCUGGCCGUCAAGUUCCCCGGACCCCGCAGGGCGAAGUCAACACUUUCUGGUACAAGUUCUCGCGCAGGCGCCCAAGCAAAGUAACGUCCAUCUUCCCCCGUCUGUUAUACGCCAGCCUCCUACCAGCCCACCCGGACCCCCGCGGCGCGUCUUCGGCUCGCAACGCCGCCGAGAGCUACGACAUCGCAGCCAGGGAAUGCCGCGACAAGGUCAGGCGGAUCAGGGAGGAGUGCGAGCGCACCAACGAGAAGUUCACAGAUCCGGACUUUGACAUCGAGUCCGACUUCGUCACGAGGAAGUGGAACUGCCUGUAUGGCAUACGCCUCCCGCCCGUGCCAGAAGACGGUCGUGGUCGUGGUCGCCGCCGCGGCCGCGGCUCCCCAUCUCCUUCGCCGUCCCCUCGCCCUCCGUCUCGCCGUGCGGUGAGCGCAGCCAGCACCGAGCCACAAGGGCCAGGGCUGCCCGGCUCGGUGCACCGUCUGGACUGGAUCUUCAGGAACCCGCAGUUCACCGUCAACGGGUACUCGCACACGGACGUCCAGCAGGGCGUGGGCGGCGACUGCUGGUGGCUGGCCGCCAUCUCGACGAUUGCGCACCGCAAGGACCUGAUGGACAAGAUCUGUGUCGCGCGGGACGAGGAGUGUGGCGUGUACGGCUUUGUGUUCCAGCGCGACGGGGAGUGGAUCUCCACCAUCGUCGACGACAACCUGUACCUCCGCUCCCAGGACUUUCGGGAGAGGGCCCCGGAAUUCUUCGACCCGGACGGCUCCGAGUCCGCCAAGUUCAGAGAUAUAAACCAGAAGGGUUCUGAGGCCCUCUUCUUCAGCCGGUGCUCCGAGCAGAACGAGACUUGGCUGCCGCUCAUGGAGAAGGCGUAUGCGAAGGCACAUGGUGACUACGAGGCCAUUGACGGUGGUUAUGUCGGAGACGGCGUCGAGGACAUGACCGGUGGGGUUACCACGACCAUCGCCGCCAACAAGGUCUUGAGAAAGGACAGGUUGUGGAAAGAGCUGAGCGGGUCGGACGGCCAGUUCGUUUUCGGCUUGAGUGCUAAUCGAGUUGGCGGGGUAGAGGCAGACUCAGGGGUGACAUUAGGCCAUGCUUAUACAAUACUCCAAGCUGUCGAAGUAGAUACUGAGGAUGGAAGGAGCUCGGUUCGAUUGGUCAAGAUCAGGAAUCCCUGGGGGAAGAGAGAUCCUAGAGGCAGGAUGGGGGAGUGGAAUGGAAGGUGGUCAGACGGUGCUGAAGAGUGGACACCGUACUGGAUGGAGAAGCUCGACCACCGGUUCAGAAACGACGGCAUCUUCUGGAUGGAGUAUGGAGAUAUGCUUCAGACCUUCGGGUACAUCUAUCGCACUCGCCUCUUCGACGAGCGCUGGACGGUCAUCCAACAGUGGGCGAGCAGCAGCGUGUCAUGGGUCACUGGAUACUUGCGCACCAAGUUUAUUAUUGAUGUCAAGAAAGCCGGCAUGUUUGUACUUGUCAUGGCACAAUUGGACACACGCUAUUUCAGGGGUCUGGAGGGCCAGUACCGCUUCAGCCUUCACUUCGUCCUGCGGAAGCAGGGCGGUCAGUCCGGGGACUACAUCUGCGCCGCCCGCCCAACCCGCGGGAAGACAGAUCGGUCGGUCAGUUCUGAAAUACAGCUUGAAGUUGGCCAGUACGAGGUCGUUCCGCAGAUCACCGCACAGCGCGGCAAAAUGGACCCUGUCGAGUAUUUGGUCCCGGAGUAUGCGGCCUUCAACCCACAGAAACUCAGGCAGGUGGGAUUGCAGUAUGACCUUGCGCACGCGAAGGGAGGAAUUCCAGACGAGGAUAUGAAUAUUGAGCUGGAGAGGUCCAAGAGCAAGCCAAAACCUAAUAAAAUCCAGCAUUCUCACAUCCGCGGGAAAGGUGUGCAGUUCAACGUCGACAUAGUGUCGCCAGAUGAGCCGGAGCCAAGUGAGGGAGAUGGCAGCAGAUCGGAAGACCAAGCCGAGCUUGACGAGUUUCAAGAUGCGGCCGAGGGCCCAGAAACCAACGGUGAUGAGGCCCGGAAGCCCGGCGACAUGCCCACGGAGACGCCACCUGCAGUGACCAACCACACUCAAGUUGGAGAUGGCGAGUCACGGCAGGGUAAAGAGCCGCUCCAACCUGAGAGACCAGGACAUGACCUCCCACUAAGGCCUAAGCGAUCACAAGGAGGAGCGGAAGCAGAAUACGGGAGGCAUCUGCAUAUCGAUGUGCAUGCGGAUCCGCCCUUGGAUCAGUCUUCCGACUCGGAUGACAGCGAGGACGAUUGCGAUAAGUGGAACGCUGUCUGUGUCGCCUGCCUCCGAGUAUACUCUAGAGAUCCGGACCUGACCAUCACCCUGGUGGAGGGCAAGCAAGGAGCCUCAAACUUGAUGAGGGGCCAGGAGCCGGCAGGAGCAACAAUGUGAAUGAGAUGCCAAAGAGCUCGAAGUUAUGAUGGCAUCUCAGGUCCUUGAGCUCAGAGUUUGAUAAGUCUCUGAACCAAAAUGAGAUGCACAUGAGCGAGUGAGGAUUGGAGGUGCUAAUAAUACGCCACGAUGAAUCUAACAGAGGCAUUACCUGUCAUCCUGAUUGCUACACGCUGUUUAUAGGUGGGUGGACUUGGAAACAUUCGGCAUUGAAGAAGAGUCUCCUGGCAGAGAUCAAGACACACGCUUAUUCUCUGAUUCAUAUUUCUUCAGCACGCCUCCCAUCAAGUGGGCGCUGGAUUCUAAUGUUAUGCUCAUACACGCUUAAACACAUGAACCUGGAACCUCAUGUUCUCCAGGCUGACUGGGUACUCUAAAUCCUCUUCCAACCGGUACCACAGACUGUCCUCGGAAAUGACCUUUUCCCAGGCAGGGGCCGGCUCCUCCUCCGCGCCUUUAUCAUCCGCGGCCUUCUUUUUUGGUUUCGGCACAAGCGCAUAGUCCAUUAGCCAACUCAUGGGAUAUUUCUUCUUCUCUUCUCCUUCCUUGGCACUGCCAACAGCGGUCUCAGAGUAAGACCCAGGACUGUCUACCACAAGCAGCAAGCUCCCCUUUGGGGCAGCUUCUGUUACCCUGAGCAGGAAGGAUGUCGUUUGUGGCAUCGAGGCUGUGUACAGCUCGUUCAGGGUGAAGAGGAGUGUGAGGAGUGCGGGAUCCGGGCCAAUGGCCGCCCGGAGGUCUUCUGUGCUGAGGCCCAGUGCGUCGCAGCGUGUGAAGGUGUGGUUGACAGACCCGGGCGAGAGGAAUGAGGCAUUUGCGGCCCGUGCUGCCACGCUGGCAUAUUUGGAAAGAGUCGGAGGGGUCUCGAGGCACUCUUGUAGUUUCGAGAGCACUGAGGACCAGUCCGCCGUGUCGAUAAGGUGAAGGUCAAGGACUGUUGGCGAAGAGCCAGUAUCUGAUAUCGACAAGGCUUGUAGGUCCUUCGCAACGUCCUCUGACGGUGGGUUUGGUAUCCCGGCGGCGUCCGCCGGCCGUAGAUGUCGUAACAGACCGGCAAAAGCCAUGAUCUCAGCCGCGCCACCUCCAAAGCAAACCACCUUGGCUGGCAUCUGCUCGUCCUCAUCACCGUCGCCACCAAGCAGCCGCUGGAUGCACUCAUCCUCGGCCCUCUCCUCACAGAUCCAGGCCAUCAGCUGCGCGUACCCCAGCGCCCGGCUGGGACUCCACCGGAUCGCGUACGCCUCCAGGAAUUCGUCUUUGCCAAAGGCCAUGUCAAAGUCCCUCCGGAACAGCGCGUCCUUGAUCUCCUGCAGCGUCGGCUUCAGCGCCUCGAAGUCGUUGCACGCGGGGAAGGUGGUGCGGAAAACAUUGAUCAUGAGCUGCUCCAGGUCGACCGGGAGGACGUGCUCCAGCCUCGGGGGCUCCGCCGGCCCCGAGGCCGUCGAAGGUGGCUGCUGCGGCUUCUUCUUCUUCUUGUGGAUGUAAGUAGGCCCGCUCCAGCCUGGAUAGCCGCGGGUCAGCGGUGGUGGCGCCUUUGACGCGCCGCUGCUCGUGGGCUUGCCAUGUUUCGGCUGCGACUUUUCCUUGCGGUCGUAUUUCCCCAUCAUUCGCUGGUCCUCGGGCCGCGGGGAAGCUCUUUCGACUGGGCCAGUGGCGUAUGGGCCUUUGCAGCAUGUGCG